AUAAAAUUAAGAACAAUAGUGUUUAGGUUAGUAUCAUAGUAGUCAUUUACAGAGGUAGAUUAUGUUAGAGCGGUACUGUAUUAACUAACUCAUAAACAACUGACAAAUAACAUAAACAAUGAGUGAAAAAGUUAAAUUAACAGCUAUCUUGGUGCAAGGAAUUGCGACUUUGAUCAUUUGCUUCUUGACAUCACUGACAGGAUUCGUAUAUGCCUGGCCGUCUUAUACUUUCCAAAUAUAUUUAUCGAAUGAUACUUAUCUCGAUGCACCGAUAACCAUCAACCAAAUGUCCCUGUUGGGAAGUAUCGUCAAUAUUGGUGGACUUAUAGCGACACCGCUUUGUGGAUAUGCUGUUGAUAAAAUAGGAAGGAAGUACUCGGCUAUGCUUUUUGGAUUGCCCUUUGUGAUAUCAUGGGCCCUUAUUGCUGCAACUACAUCAUUCUACACUGUGUUGUUUGCUGUUGGUUUAUCUGGGUUUGGCGCCGCAGGUCAAGCUGUGUCUACCGUUUAUAUAUCAGAAAUAGCUCAAGAUUCAAUAAGAGGAGCUUUAACUUCUUCAACAGUCUAUGGAUUUUUCUUUGGCCUCUUGAUGUCCUAUACUUUUGGGGGAUAUAUGUCUUAUUAUAGUGUUUUGUACACACAUCUAGCUCUCUCAGUUUUGUACAUCUUAAUGUUGAUACCUUUAAAGGAAUCUCCGUGCUAUCUUCUCAUGCUUGAGAAGGAGAAGGAGGCAGCGGAGUCAAUAGCUUUUUAUCAAAGAGUGGACGUGUCGUCUAAAGAAGUUGAAUUAGAAAUUCAGAAGAUUAAACUGCAAUUAGGUUCUAAAGCAGACAAAAUACUCAAAUCCGACGCAGAUACUCAAGAAGCAGAAGAUCUUUUAAAAAAGACUUCAGCUGAAUCAAAUGAAAAGAAAGAGACAGCGUGGCAGUUUUUAAAGAGAUCGCGAUCAUCCCAAAGGGCUUUAAUUGCUGUCUUUACAGUGAUGUCUUUGACAAUACUGAUGGGUUCAAUAGUCCUCCAAGUUUAUGCUGAACCGUUAUUUAAAGAGGCAGUUCCCACUAUGCAUCCAAAUACUUGCUCCAUUUUGAUGGCAGUCACUUACUUGACAGCUGCCCUAUUAUGUGCAAGUAUGUUAGACAAAUUUGGAAGAAAGGCACUUUUAACGGUGACAAGUAUAUUAACAGGGAUAUCAAAUAUAAUACUUGGGACCCAACUGAAUUUACACUGGGCGCCACAUUGGUUCACCGCCUUCAUUAUCUAUGGCUCAAGUUUUGUGUACAAUCUUGGUGCCGCCAUUGUACCUUUUGUGCUAACUGCAGAAGUGUUUCUGCCGCAGGUACGCGGCCUUGGAAAUAGCGUAGCGAUGGCAACAAUGUGGAUUAUGAAUUGGGUUACUCUCAUCAUUUUUAACCCUAUAGUGGAGUGGUGGGGUCUUGGUUCUGCGUUUUAUUUCUUCUCUUUUAUGUGUUUCCUCUCAGCAGCCUACGGCCAAUUCUGCUUGCCAGAAACCAAGGGUUUGUCAGCUGAUGAGAUACAGUUAUUGUUUUUGAAAGAAAAAAGAAAUGACACACAAAAAGUGUAGAUAAUUUUAAUUGAUUGAUGUAUUGUUACUAGUCAGGGAGUUUUAACACAUUAUUUUUUAAAUUAAUUAUUUAUGGAAAAGAACAUGGAUUAUUUGAUUAUAUUCCAGAAAGAGUCUUAAAAUGUAGCCAAAUUUUAAGAUUUUUCUUGUCAAAAGUGCUCUUCCAACUAUCUCACAACAACUGGAUUGUAAAAAGUUAUACUUAAAUUAAAAAAAAAAAAAUUUUGUUAUAAACAUGCAUCUUUAUGUCGUAUAUAUAAUAUUUUUUUUUUACCAAAAUAAUCUAAUUGUUUCUCCUGAUAAUUAAUCAGUAUGUUAAAUUUUUUACUAUGUGAUUUUUUUUAAUAAAACAUAUUGAAAAUAUGAUAAGAUAUAUCUAGUUUAGACUCCGUUGAGCUGGAGCAGUUUGCCUGCGUCUGUUUUCUUCCAAUUAUAAUUUAGGUGUCUUCAAGACUGAAAAAAUAAGCUGAUGCUGAGACAGUUCGUUUACUCCCUACGACUUUAUCUAUACCUACUAACGGGUGGAAUGACACUCGAGCAGGAUCCAGUGUCAAAAAAAAAAACAUUUUUAUGGUAGAAAUAGAAGGAGCUCUUCAAUACUCUAAGUUGAUAAAAAAAAAUUAUUAUAUUUUAUAUGGAAUUGUGACUUCCGGUUCCGGAUCUCACAAGUGUAGACGCGAUCGACUGUGCUCUGUAAUUCAUAUUCACAAAACUGGUAAAAUACGCCAUAAAAACUUAAAUCAGUGCAAGUGCUCAAAUAACAAAACCCCAAAAUCGAACAUAACUUCACAAAAAGUGUCGAAAACAUCUAUAAAAGUGUUAAUAUUAUUGUGAUAACAUCACCUAAAAUACACAAAUCGAGCUGACGUUCAACUGCCUUUGACUUGAUUGACUUGACAUACCUUGACAAACGAAAGUUGCGUUUUGUUUUGAAUACUCCUGGGUUGCCAAGUAAAAUUAUAAUUUCUACUAAAAAAAAAGGAAUAUCCAAAACAAUAAAUAAAUAAGUACAAAAAAUAAGAAUAAGCAGAACAAAAAAUGGAGAAACAAAUGGAACUUUUAUUUUCUAAAAUAAAACUAGAGACGGAGAAACAAA